UUCCGGCGCGCUCGAGCACCCUGUCUGUUGACAACCGCCAAGAGAAUGGCGCAUUGGAACAAGUCCGAGAAGGAUCUGAAGAUGUUGAUCCAGCAGGUCACCGGGCUCUCGGAGGAGAACCCCGAGUUCCAGAUCGCUUUGCAGUACGCCUGGUCUAAUGUCAGAUUCCAUCAGUUUCUUGACAUUGAUAGCAACAAAAUAACGCGUGUGAUUGAUGGUAUUCAUGAAAAGCUGACUAUUCAUUCAGAGCUCCCUAAAGCUUUAAGCUGGCGAAGGCUAACGGAGGAAUUUUUGGAGUUGCCUCUGGAGACAGUUGAAGGAACAAAGACGAAGGAACACUAUGCAAUACUGUCCCUCUUGCUGACCCUUUCUGAUUCACCUUCUAAUUCUCAGUAUGCUGAGAAGCCAAGAAAGAAAGAAGAGGUGAAACAUGAUGACUUUGACUGGGGGAAAUACCUGAUGGAAGGUGAAGAAAUUGAUAUUGGACCUUAUCCUGACACUCCAGAGUGGUCUGAAGACGAAAGUGAAGAAGAACUCCAAGAGUCUCUGAGCAGGGAGGACUCGGGUAUUCAGGUUGACAGAACAACACCAGAAGAACAAGCACACAUUAAGAAAGCGGAGCCUCAAGCCUCUUUAAAAGCAAGUGAACCGGAAGUACAGUUGUGGUUGGAGCAACAUGUUGUCACCCAGUAUUGGACAAAUAAAUCAUCUAAAUGUAGUCACAGCUUUCAUCUGCAUUCCAAUUUAGCAGCUAUCUGGGAGCAGCACCUAUACAAUUCUGAUCCACUAUAUUAUUCAGAUCAGCGAACAUUUGUUACAGAGGCCCAAGUUAUACGAGAAACAUUGUGGAUGCUGUCUGGAGUUAAUAAACUUUUUAUGUAUACAUUGCACGAUGGGAAAAUAUCAGUGAGACCUGACAUCAUGGUGGCGCAUCUGACCCAGAAUUGUCUGAGAGCAGUAUUGGAACAGAUCGCAGCUUAUGGACAGGUUGUGUUCAGGCUCCAGAAAUUUAUGGAUGAAGUGAUUGGGCACAACACUGAAAGUUGCUCAUUUGGAGCCCUACCUGCAUCAAGAAAGUUUACUGAGCCCCCCUUCCGAACAUAUCAGUCUUUUGUGUGGGCAUUGUACAAAUAUUUUAUAAACUUCAAAGAAGAACUUGUCAGCAUUGAAAAGUGCAUGAUAACUAAAGAUGAGACGGUUACGCUAGCAGCAGUACUUGAGAAACUGGCUCCUCGAUUGUCACAACUUAAGAUGCUUCAUAGAGUAUUCAGUACAGGAGUGGCAGAGGUUCCACCUGACACUCCAAAUGUCAUAAGAGCUUCCCAUUUACUGAAUACACUGUAUAAAGCUAUUAUUGAAUAUGACAGCGUUGGAGAAGCUGCUGAACAGACGGUGUCUCUUCUCUUUUCUUUGUGGGUGGAAACUGUAAGGCCGUAUUUAGAAAUUGUGGAUGAAUGGAUAGUCCACGGAAAUCUGUCUGACCCUGCAAAAGAAUUCAUUAUCCAGAGAAACAAGGAUGUCCCGGUGAAUCAUAAAGAUUUCUGGCAUUCUACUUGUACGUUAUUUAGUGUUUCUGAAAAGACUGGAAUUGAUGAAAAUACAGGUGAUGGUGCAGGUAGUAAUGGCACUGUGGAUCAAGGAAAUUCUAGUAAACAGCACACAAUGGUGUCCUUCCUGAAGCCAGUACUUAAGCAGAUUAUUAUGGCUGGCAAAUCAAUGCAGCUACUCAAGAACCUGGAAAGUAAGGAUAACCAACGCUUCCCAAUGGAAAACACUCACCGAGAUGCAGAAAGAAAAAGUUUGUAUGCACUGUUCCUAGAGUCACUUCAGUCCCGCCUUCGUUAUGGAGAGGGUGCUGAAUCUUGUGAACUUACAGUUCCAGAGCAACAGGCCACAAAAGAAAGCUUGAUCAAGGUGCAGUCUAUAGUUGCUCGGCACCUCGAGCUUGAUGAUGUUCACGAUCCUUUAUUAGCUAUAACUUUCGCAAGGUUAUACAUGGAACAAAAUGAUUUCCAUGAAAGAUUCAGCAGUGGGGACGUCAAUGUGGAUAGAUCAUCUGAAUCAGUGACUUGCCAGGCAUUUGAGCUCACGCUUCGUUCGUGUUUGUAUCCUCACAUUGAGAAACGGUAUCUGGAAUGCUGUGGAAAAUUAAUGCAAACUCUAAAGACAGAUUACAAGCUGGUGGAGCAUCUUCAGGCCAUGAGAAAUUUCUUUCUUUUGGAGGCUGGAGAGACCAUGUAUGACUUCUACGUACCUAUUUUUGAUAAAGUAAAGGAGAAAGAAUUCUGGCAACAUUUGUCAUUUUUAAAUGCCCGGUUACAAGAGGCAGUAGGACAACACCAUCCUGAAGAUAGCUCUCGAUUAUCCAUUUAUUUAGAAAAUAUUGACAUUGUCAAAAAAAGACUUCCUGUUCAUUCUAUUGAUGGUCUCACAUUGAGCUAUAGGGUUCCGUGGCCUGUUGAUAUUGUUAUCAGCUCCGAAUGCCAGAAGAUUUAUAAUCAAGUGUUCAUACUUCUGUUGCAAAUUAAAUGGGCCAAAUAUAGUCUUGAUGUUCUGAGGUUUGACGAAUGUGAUGAAACUUAUGAUAAACCACAAGCAUCUCUACUUAAGGAUUCCAGUUGGUCAUCUCAAGAGCAGAAGACAUCUGUUAGGCAACAAAUUCACAGAAUGUUUCUGCUUCGAGUUAAACUCAUGCACUUUGUCAAUAGCCUGCAUAAUUAUAUAAUGACUAGGAUAUUACAUAGUACGGGCCUUGAGUUCCAGCACCAAAUUGAGGAAGCUAAGGAUUUGGACCAACUGAUAAAAAUUCAUUACAGAUAUCUAUCCACAAUUUUUGACCGUUGUUUACUGCGGGAAAAGAUAAGUUUUGUGAAGGAAGCAAUCAUGGAAGUUUUGAAUUUGGUUCUAAUGUUUGCAGAUCGUUGGCAAACUAGUUUAGGAGUUUCAAAAAUUGAGUCAAUUGAGAAAAUGGAAUCUGAUUUCAAAAACUGCCAUAUGUUUCUGGUGACAGUACUUAACAAGGCCGUUUGUAGAGGAUCAUUUCCUCAUCUGGAAUCCCUGGCAUCGUCUUUAAUGGCAGGAAUGGAACAAAGCUAAUAGUGGCUCUCGUUAAGACACUUUAACAAAGCAUUGCAUCAGAAGAUCCAGCAUUCCCAUUGUAUAACACCUAAGGUCAUCAGACGUCUGUGUUGGAACACAUUUAAAUUAGCUCAAUAAAUUGUGUUUGUUAAGGUCCUCAUUGGCAGCUAUUCACACAAAAGUACCUUCUAACUGGGAUGCUAUCCAAGAACAGUGGCUGUCAUUCAAUACCUCUUGUUGUGGUUCUUUUAAAAGCCCAAUCGAAAAUGUAAGAACAUUUAUUUCCAAUGAUUGGAUGGCUGAUGGGUGGUAUUACAAUGAUUGGUGAUAUUACAAAUUAUGAUGCUAACUGAUCAAUCAUGUUCAGUAAUGUUCAUGUAGUCUCAGUGAGACGAUUAUCUAUUUAAUGUACAUUUCACUGUCUAUAAGUGUUUAUUCUGCAAAUGAAAAUCUUAGUACCUGUUAAAUAAAGCUGAUGUAAAGUUAAUCAAAAGGCUGUCAAGUGAGGAAGGAACCUGCAUUAAAUAAGAUGUUUCAUUGUGUCAA